GUUGUUGAUGAAAAAUCAACGCCUUUUAACAAUCGUAGAUAAAGUCGUCGAAAUCUUAGAGCCAAGCAAUUUGUAUCACGCGUUUGAGACUUUCUCCGAAAUCUCAGAUCUCGUGUGAGCAGGUACCGAUUCAGGUACCAAUCCUCUCAGUUCCUGGCUUCUUCCCCUUUUAUCUUUAUUUUAUGCUGCAAAAGAAUCGGGUUUCCUUUUGGAUUAUUUUUCUUUUUGUGGUUGUGUCUAUCUAAGAUUAUAGUUUCUUCUUUAAAAGAUGCGUUUAGGGUUCAUGCUUUUGUUGUCUGUUUCUGUAAAUUUGUUCCAAUCGCUGAGGGAUCUUGUUUAAUCUCUCGUUUUCGCUAUUUUAAUUCAAAGAUCUAGUGUUUUUGUAAAUAACCAAGAUGAGCAGACCACAGGAACCACACCGCCCUUUCUUCUCAUUCGGGAAUCCUUUCCGAAUGAUAUCACCAAAGGGCUCUCAAUUGUCUCCAAGGCUUCUUUCCCUAUUGAAUGCCUUUGAGGAAACCUUGGCAGAGAGGUUAAGGAAACUUCAUCCAAAGGAUAAGAAUGAUGUUCUUAGCUUAUCAUGGAUGAAAUAUGCAAUAGAAUCACUUUGUGAGACUCAUACUGACAUAAAGUCCUUGAUUACAGACCUUGAGCUCCCUGUGACUGACUGGGAUGAGAAAUGGAUAGAUGUGUACUUGGACAUCAGUGUGAAGUUGCUUGACAUUUGCAUUGCUUUUAGCUCUGAGCUUUCCCGGCUUAACCAAGGCCAUCUAUUGCUGCAAUGUGUCCUGCAUAAUCUGGAGUCUGACACACCAAAGCAAUUUGUGCGGGCUCGUUCUUCCCUUGAUAGCUGGAGACAGCAAAUUAGUUCAAAGAAUUUACGAGUCCUGAACUGUCAUUCCAUCUUGGAUAAUCUUGUGGAAUCACUGGAUCUGCCUAAGGUUAAGAACUCAGCUAAAGGAAAGGUCUUGAUGCGGGCAAUGUAUGGAGUUAAAGUGCAGACAGUGUUUGUGUGUAGCAUCUUUGCCGCAGCCUUCUCAGGUUCUUCAAAGAAGUUGUUGGAUUUGGAAGUCCCAAAAGCAUUCUUGUGGGCACAAGCAUAUUCUAAUUUGCAGACAAUUGUCAAUGGGGAAAUAAGAGAGAUAUUCUCCAGUGGAAGAUUUACAGUCCUGAAGGAAUUGGAAGCAGUUGAUUCAAUUGUGAAGAGGUUGUAUCCCAUGAUUCAAGAUGGGUUUGAGCCUGUUGAAGUGGACGCAUUCCAGCAUUCUGUUUCAGAUUUGAGAACAGGUGCCGAAAGACUUUCUCAAGGGCUGGACUUUCUUGCAAAGGAAGUGGAUGUUUUUUUCAAGAUAGUUUUGAGUGGGCGCGAUGCUUUGCUUUGUAAUUUGAGAGCAUCUAGUUCUGUUGGUGACACAAUGUUAGCAACUAAUGGAGGAGAGCAGAUUGUCAGGUGAAUGUAUUUGGAGCUAACUAUUCUAAUGUAUACAAAUGGGUUAGUUGUGAGAUGUUUUAGUUGUACGGCCUUGUAUCGCUUGUCGUAUUAUGUAUGGUGUGAGAUAUGCAAUAGUAUUUUGUUUCUGGUUUAUACAGGUAUGUCGUAUGUAAAAUUAACAAUACAAGAAUUGAAAAUGGUGUUGCUGUUAA